AUGGAGUGUAUGGCCAUGGCCCCAAUAGCGGUGCGCUCCAGUCUGAGGGCUCCUCUGACUGUCUGUCUGGGCAGAUCAACGUCUCUGUUUAUCACACCAGCGGCCUGCGGCACCCGGGACCCAGGUGCUAACACAGAAGUUACACUGGUUCAACAGGCUGCUCUAAACCUCUCUCUCUCUCUCUCUCUCUCUCUCUUGCAGCCUCACACCUUGCUGCAAAGAGUCAAGUCGUGCAUAUCAGACGAGGAGGAGGAGAAGCUCUUGCAGAUCACCAGCCUUCAUUCACUCAAUGCCUUCCUGCUGCCCAUCAAAACUGUCGGAGUCCAGGGUGACUGCCGGUCCUACAGUUACGUGUGCGGUAUCACGAGUAAAGAGUCUCCUCACUGGGAGUCUCUCCUGUUCCUGUCCAGACUCAUCCCUCGCAUGUGCCACAGCAUCAACAGAGUUGUUUAUGUGUUUGGGUCUCACGUGAAGGAGCCUCCCACAGACAUCACCCCCACCUUCCUGACCACAGGCGUUCUGAGCACGCUCAGACAGGCGGACUUUGUAGCUCACUCUAUCCUCAGAGAGUCUGGCUACUCCGGUAAGAUCAGCCAGAUGCCGAUCAUUUUGACCCCCCUGCACUUUGACCGUGACGCACAGCAGAAGCAGCCGUCCUGCCGGCGCUCUGUGGUGAUCCGCACCUUCAUCACCAGCGACUUCAUGACCGGCAUCCCCGCCCAGCCCGGAAACCACAUCCCAGAAGAGGUUGUGCUGAAGAUGGUGAACGAGAUCAAGAAGAUCCCAGGCAUCUCCAGAGUGAUGUACGAUCUGACCUCCAAACCCCCCGGCACCACAGAGUGGGAAUAAAACACGACGCGACCGACAGGACACACACACACUCGACACACAAUGCACAAACACAUUUACAAAUAUCAGAGAGGGCUGGGGAACUUCUCUCCUUUACUCUCCUUCCUUCCUCCCUCCCCUCACCUCCUCCCUCCCUCCCUUCCUUCCUUCCUCCUCUCUUCAACAUUCCCACGGAAGGCAGAGCGUACUGUGACGGGCACACAUGCAAAGGCGCCACCACUCCCCCCUGGUCUUAAUAUUUUUCGGUGAUAGGGACUGAUUAAUGUUGGUUAUUGAUAAUAUAUUGUCAUUUUUGAUUCAUGUGCAUCUAUGUAUUUCCUCUGUGUGACUAUAAAAAGGUAAAAGGCUGCUUCCUGUUCCAGUCAUUUAAAUGUGAGAAGCUGUGAGACUUCAGAAAGAUGUUGUACCUCAGGUUGCAUUACGGGAAGAGCUCAAAAAUAACAAAAAAACAAACAAAAGAAAAAGUCUCAUAAAAUGAAAGAGCAGGAGAGUUUUAGUCAUUUUGUUUUAUUACACCGAAGACUAUCCUCCCUGUCCAUUUACAGCCUGUAUACUGAGCUAUUUCUUCUUCUUUUUUUAAAUCUGAACAGGCAUCCUUUGUGACCAAUCAAUUAAUUUUAAGCUUUUUGUUUUGCCAAAAGUAGAAUAUGCUGUGUGAUGUAUAACAUUGAGAGGAUCCUUGCUGUAACGCAUGGUCAACUCCAGAUUAGCUUCAGAAUGAUAAGGAGGCAGGAGGCCAAUAGAGUGAUGCGGGAAUGAACGCGGAUACGAGUUGGCAUUUUACCACUUCCAGUGUUUAGCCUGAAAUAAGUCCUGUGGUUAAAACAAGCGAAAGAGAUUUUAUUCAACAACAUAAAAUACGUCAGUAAAACGGCAGUUGCUAACAAUUGUCUAAACAAACUGCUGUACGUCAUCACAACGAACAUUAGCCACCUUUAGCUUAGCGGUGGUGAAGUCAAGUGACCGUGCUUGUAGUUCCUUUAUAGCUAAGUUAACAUAGCCUAUAGAUGUCUUUUUACUUCUGCCGAUUGCAUUUAUGCUUAAAUCACAACGUGGAGUUUAUCCUGCUGAACAAAACGUGUAAGUGUCAUGAAAGUUUGUUUUCCACGGAGCUUAUUUUCCACUAAAUUCCAAUGGAAAAAUCCCGUUGCGUUUGGUCGAGGGAACCGUUUGCGAUGCUAACUCCCGUCCCGGGUCGGACUACAUACAUAAAUAAAUCAACGCUGCACCAAUCUAUAGUGAUGGGGAACUUUUCGAUGUGCCUGUUCUUAUUGUUUCUGUUUAUUUCUUUCCAACCUGGACUCUUAAUGUGUCCAGAACAGGAGGAUAAAACACCGUUUCUCCUCGUGCUGCAAUAUGUAUGCUUUUUAUGAAGAAUAAAACAUGGCAGGAGGACUUAUUAAUAACAAAAGUAUAGUAGAGUUUAUAACCACAUCGUGUAAAUUGCUGUUGUCAUUUCAUCAUUAUUUGGCUGCUCUUUUGCUCAUGUUUUUUGUCUUGAGUUUAAUAUACACCCUUAUUAAGUGUGUCACACUGUAGUGUCAAAGGUCAGGUUGAGAGCGUGUCUGUUGCCAUCUCUAAUGUACGUUCACUCAAAAAGGCAUUUAUUUUUCUGUUCUGAAGCACAUCAUCACCUCUAGUCUGGUCGUUUAGAGCUCAGUGAAUACAGUGCUCAGGUUUAACUGAGAUUUUAAAAGUGUAUUGUACCCCUGUAGAGGCAUUUCACUCAGUGGUUCUCAUGCCUCCAGAUUACGUCUUGGUGCCUCAUCCUCUGUUAACCUUUAGUGGCAAAACCCCCCUCCUGCAACAUUAAUGCUUUUCCUAAGUUGUCACUGUUCGGCCUUUUCUAUAUUUUUUUCUGUUACAUAUGUCUCCAUGGAAAGCUUGAUACUAUUGGACACAUCAUAUGAAUUUAAUUGCAAUAUCGAUAAGAUUAAGUUAUGCAAUUCAGUGUCUUUCGUUUUUUGUUCCGUUUGAUCGCUCAUUCUUCUUAGUAACGUGCCUCAAACCAAGCCACUGCAUGCAGUUUCAACUAUAUGAUGACAUUUGUACAAUGGAAAAACUGAGCUUUAAUAAAGAUCUCCAUGUUGAAACUUCUCACC